AACGGUCCGGACUCUAUAUACCUACCUGCCUACUCGACCAUAUAUUCAUCCAUCCUUCCCUAAUUCGAUCGCAAUUCCUUUCCCUUGCAGCUGUCUCUCUGCAUUGAGCACGAAAGUUACGCGUAAAUAGGCUGGGCACAUCUUUGAUUCGUGGCAAGCAUGUCUGAAGCGGGAGACAGCCAGCAUAAGAGGUCCAAAUCAGCAGCCCUAUCGCUCCUCCGCCGAAAGGACAAGGAAUCCCGUAAUGACGACGACGCUGUAUCGGAAGACGGCUCCAUCACCUCCGGUCUAGCCUCACGCCCUACGACGUCGGCCUCACCGCCUGCCGCCCCCCUUUCACAGCAGCAUUCUCAAAAGAGUUCAAGGAUGUCUGUCGCUCGAGUGUCAUCACGCGAGCCUAAUGCAUCGAGCCCCGCCUUGGCUCCAACUCGCUCCAAUGCUAUGUCCCCCGAGAAGGGCACAUCUCUUGAACAGUCGGUUCGCAAGUUCAGGAUCGUCGAGGCUCUGCGAAGUGGCAACACUGCUGCUAUAUCAAAAGCGAUCCGUGAGACGUCCGAGAAUGGGCCCCGCGCAAGUACAUCGUCUUUCAGCACCGCAGCUGGUCCCACGCCGCUCGAAGAUACUACCGUUCUUCACCUAGCCAUCCAGUGCGCCGAAUACGAUGUCGUAGAAUAUGUUUUAUCCAAUGGUGCAGGCUACAUUGACGUGAAUGCUCGGGAUAAAGACGGGAAUACCCCCUUACAUGUCGCCUCAGCUCAAGGCCGCGCUCCUAUCGUCCGCCUCUUGCUAGAACAGAAGGACAUCAAUGACGCCGUCGCUAACAAUACGGGAAAGCUAGCACUCGAUGUAGCAAGAAGCCCCGAGAUUUUCCAACAACUCCAACUUUCUCGGACAUUGUUCGUGCAGGAUAAAGUAAAGGAGGUGCAAGACUUGGUACGAAGGGGCGCUUACGAGACGCUCGGUCAGAUACUCGAAGAACCUCGCGUCAAGAUUAUUCUGGACAUAAACAGCACCGAACUUCCUUGCGAGCCUACUACGGUUCAAUCAGGAGGGACCCUAUUGCACGAAGCCGCUCGUAAAAGAGAUACGAAACUAAUCCAGGCUUUGUUACUUCACGGUGCGGAUCCUUUUCAGCGAGAUCGCAAAGGCAAACUUCCUCAACAUGUUACCAACGAUGACAUUACUCGUGCUAUGCUCAAGAAAUCCCCGGCUGCUGUAGCCGCUCAGCGAGGCAUUCAAGAAAAAGCGGUAUUGGGUCAUGCAACUUCCCAAGCAGGACCGGUUGCUAGCAGUGGCGAUCCGCUAUCGGGGCGAGAGCCCCAGAUGAAGGGCUAUUUGAAGAAAUGGACCAACUAUCGCAAAGGUUACCAGCUGCGGUGGUUCGUAUUGGAGAACGGGGUUUUGAGUUAUUACAAGCAUCAAGACGACGCCGAAAAUGCCUGCCGCGGUGCUAUUAGUAUGCGCAUUGCUCGAUUGCAUAUGAGUCCAGAGGAGAAAACCAAGUUUGAAAUCAUUGGAAAAUCCUCAGUCAAGUAUACACUGAAGGCAAAUCAUGAAGUAGAGGCCAAACGAUGGUUUUGGGCCCUGAACAAUGCAAUACAGUGGAUGAAAGACCAAGCAAAACAGGAUGAGCGGCAAAAAGCACAGAGUGCUGAGAUGUUACGGCAGGCCAGAGAUAACCUUGGGAAGCCUAGCGAUGCGUCCACUUCAGACUUGCACAGCGAUGCUAUAAGUAACGGCGAUGGGCGAAGUAGUAUUCACUUGACUCGCCUACCGUCAGCCAAACAGGUCACUUCGCGCAAUGAACUAUCACGGGCUAGUAUCACCGAGAGCGUGGAUGACGAAUUCUUGGACUCUGUCAACACUCAUGCGAAAGGGCAAAGCAAUGGAGCCCAAACCAUUCCUGAAGUAGAUGAUGAAGAUGACGAGGAGGAGUAUGUUGAUACUUCCAGCCGCGCCGAAACUCCUAGCGCCACCAAGGAUGCCUUCAACAUUACUGCCCAAUCCGCAAGACUACAGCUGGAUACACUUGCACAGGUGAGUGCGGCAUUGCAAGCCGAAGCAAAUCGUAACCCUAGCAUGUCUCUGGUCGAUCCCAAAGCAGCGCAGGCACUUGCCACAUAUGAUUCUGCCCUGAAGAGUCUGAAAGGGUUGAUGGGUGACCUUCUGAGAAUUUCAAAGGAUCGGGACGCUCACUGGCAGUAUCGACUUGAUCAAGAAGUUGAGAUGCGACGUAUGUGGGAAGAUAGCAUGGCUAAAGUGGCUGCCGAGCAAGAAGUUCUGGAGGCGAGAGUCGGGGAAGCAGAGAUGAAGCGGAAGAUGGCCAAACGUGCUCUUCGAGAAGUCAUGGAAGAAAGCCGUCCCAUUAGCCGUAGCAGUCUACCAGAAUCGCAAGAAGAAAUGGUAGACGCCCCUGAAGAAGUGCUCAAAGAUGGUCAAAGGUCACCAACCAUGUCGCGUAAGGCGACUGCUCUAUCUAAGCUUCUGGAUGUUUCAGAUGACUCUGAAUCAGAGCAGGAGGAGUUUUUCGACGCUGUUGAUGCUGGAGAAGUCGAUGUGGGGCCGAUGCCACCUUCAGAAGUGCUGCCGUCGAGUGAUUCAAAGCAAGACAUCAUCGUAUCGGGGAUUGAUGUUAGCAGCGCCUUCAAGGGCUAUGAAAACGGUAUCAGAACUAGACUUAAGCUGGAUGAGGACAACAGGCCUAAAGUUGGUUUAUGGGGAAUUCUCAAAUCAAUGAUUGGUAAAGACAUGACGAAGAUGACUCUACCAGUCUCAUUUAACGAGCCAACAUCUCUCCUAUACCGAACAGGCGAAGAUAUGGAAUAUGCUCACCUCCUGGAUCUUGCCGCCGAACGGACAGAUUCGAUUGAGCGUAUGCUCUAUGUUGCUGCCUUUGCAGCAAGUGAGUUUGCGUCAACGAUUGGGCGCGUAGCCAAACCGUUCAAUCCUCUCCUAGGAGAGACUUUUGAAUAUGCUAGACCAGACAAAGGUUACCGGUUUUUUAUUGAGCAGGUUAGCCAUCAUCCUCCUGUAGGCGCUUGCUAUGCAGAGGCGCCGCAGUGGACAUACUGGGGAGAGGCCAAGGUCGAUUCAAGGUUCCUUGGAAAAUCUUUUGACAUCUACCACCUUGGUACGUGGUUUCUAAAGCUGCGCCCUACUGCUGGUGGGAAAGAAGAUUUUUAUACUUGGAAAAAGCCUAAGUCGCAAGUCGUUGGUAUUAUUACUGGAAACCCUGUUGUGGACAACUAUGGCCUCGUGGAAUUGAAGAAUUGGACGACUGGGGAAGUUUGCUACCUCGAUUUCAAGCAGAGGGGUUGGAAAGCAUCAAGCGCUUACCAGCUAGCGGGCAAAAUUCUCGACGCAGAUGGUCGACCACGCAUCAGUAUCGGCGGACGGUGGAACUCCAAGAUCUACGCUCGUAUGACGCCUGGAUAUGAAGCGACGGUUGAAGAACCCAAGGAUGGAACAAGCAACAUAAAUGACCCCAACCGAGCUUUUAUGAUCUGGGAGGCGAACGAACGACCGAAGGGUAUUCCUUUUAAUCUAACGCCAUUUGUUCUUACGUUCAAUCACAUAGAUGACAACCUCAGCAAGUAUAUCGCACCGACUGACUCCCGAUACCGUCCUGAUCAAAGAGCUAUGGAAGAUGGAGAGUAUGAUUUCGCAGCCUCGGAGAAGAACAGACUCGAAGAAGCCCAGCGAGCCAGGAGGAAGGUGCGACAACAGAAUGGGGAAGAGUUCAUACCUGCAUGGUUUGAGAUGGCCACAUGUGAGGUGACAGGCGUAGAGUAUUGGAAGUACAAUGGGCAAUAUUGGAUACAGCGAGAGAAAUUCGGUAAUGGCGAUGCGAGCGCGUGGGAUGGUCUUGAACCUAUUUACUCGUCUGAGUAAGACAAGGUCUUUGCCUUCGUUUACCUUGAAGAAAAAGAGAGUAGCCACUGCAGUAAUUCGGGGACGCUUACACGUUGCCUUUCAAGUGGACUUUAAAACGCUCUGUGUAUAUCUACUAGUCAGCAGGCUUAGCAACGAACCUCGACC